GCACGCAGACUUCGGUACACGUGGCACGCACAGAGGGUCCGUCUUAUCACGUCGUAUCGUAGCGGCGCGCGCGGGAUUGUGGGACGGCGGCGGCCUUCACGGACAGGCGGGGGGGGAAAUAUAUAACUGUCUAAAAUAAGAGGGAGAAAAACCAAAACAACAGAUUUUACUCUAACAGCUGUGUGUAAACGGAACUGACAAGCCAUGGGGCAGGAGGAUAUAAUGAGCACGGCGGAGGAUGUCGCUGAUCAGUUCCUCAGAGUGACGAAACAGUACUUGCCUCACCUGGCGCGCCUGUGUCUCAUCAGCACCUUCCUGGAGGACGGCAUCCGCAUGUGGUUCCAGUGGUACGAACAGAGAGACUACAUCGAAGCCACAUGGAGCUGCGGCUACUUCCUGGCCACGUGCUUUGUGCUGCUUAACCUUUUAGGACAGCUGGGCGGCUGCGUCCUUGUUCUCAGUAGAAAUUUUGUACAGUAUGCUUGCUUUGGAUUAUUUGGCAUUAUUGCGCUACAGACUGUUGCCUACAGUAUCCUAUGGGAUCUGAAGUUUUUGAUGAGGAACAUGGCUCUGGGAGGUGGACUGCUGCUACUGUUAGCCGAGUCACGCUCUGAGGGGAAGAGCAUGUUCGCCGGCGUGCCUACGAUGGGUGAGAGCUCCCCAAAGCAGUACAUGCAGCUCGGUGGCCGUGUGCUCCUCGUUCUCAUGUUCAUGACUCUGCUGCACUUCGAUUCCAGUUUCUUCUCGAUCCUGCAGAACAUGGUGGGCACGGCCCUCAUCAUCCUGGUGGCCAUCGGCUUCAAGACCAAGUUGGCGGCUCUCACCUUGGUGGUGUGGCUCAUGGCCAUCAACGUCUACUUCAACGCCUUCUGGACGGUGCCUGCCUACAAGCCCAUGCACGACUUCCUCAAAUACGAUUUCUUCCAGACUACGUCAGUCGUCGGCGGCCUGCUGCUAGUAGUGGCUCUCGGGCCCGGGGGCGUAUCUAUGGACGAGAAGAAGAAGGAGUGGUAAAGAGAGUCCGUCUCCUUACACAGGGAAAAACAAACAAACAAACAAAUCCACUGCCCAGGACAUAAGGACCCGCAAAAUCUUAAAACAAUACAACAUGAAGCCACCUCCAUUUUCUCUCUCUCUCUCUCUUUCGCUCACUUCCCUUUUUUGUUUUGUUUUGUUUUUACAAAUUCACCACGAUGACAUGAGUUUUUAAGAUGCCUUGUCAUGUCCUACUAUAAAUCCUGAAUGCUAAUGAACUGCCUGAGUUGAUUCAUGUUUUUUUUUGUUUGUUUUUUUGUUUGUUUGUUUUUCCCUUCCCCUCUGUCACGGUUUGCCGACUGCUGUCUUCGUAGCAUUAUAAACGUAUUCCUGUCGGGAUGCUUCACUUAUCAUGUGCAUUGCUAUAUGGAUGUUGUUUUUAAAACACUUGAGAAAUAGCUGUGAAUGUGUCCGCAUAUAGACUCUGUGAAACGACAGUAAUUUAGGUCUCCAACUGAAGGUUUUUUUUUUCCGAAUGCGACCGAGUAUUCGAACCGGCACCGCUAUUUGUUUAUGGUGCAGCUCUCUCAAAUCAACCCAAGUGUCAAAUCAAAUGGCUCUUUGUUUUAAGAGCGCGCAGGGUUUCCUAACGCCGCUCGUGGUGCCGAAGGGGGAUUCGUUGUGUAUAAACCACCCUACAGAAUAAAAAGGUGGAAGUACAGCACCUUCUGGCUGCUCUAUUUUUUACACUAGCGGACUGUGUACUGUACCUUAGCUUGCAUCCAGGCAGUAAACAGACAUGCAGUUUAUACAAGCAAGCAAACAAAGAAAUAAACACUAUUUUACACACCUGCACAAGUGGAAUAGGUCGAAGACGGUCUGUUAUUUCACCCAAGCUUUGUCUCGAUCUGUGUUUUUGCUGUUGUCAAAAUAACACAUUGAUUUACUUGAGUUUAUAGUUUUUUUUGUUAUUUACUUUUGUUUUCAGGUGGAGAAAAAAAAUAAAAGCAAAAAAGUUA